AUGGGAUCGGAAAUGGACACAUUCUCGGCCCGUCUGGCCAGCUUCGACGUCGUCCUCAAGCCCGAGAAGCGGAGAUCUUCAGGCGUUAAAGGCCCCAGAUUUAUCGCAUGGCCUCAUUCAAAGCCCUCACCUACAGAGUUGGCGCAAGCGGGCUUCUUUUACAAACCAUAUGAAAGCAACCCUGACAACACAACAUGUUUCGAGUGCGGCCGCGCAUUAGAUGGAUGGGAGGAGGAAGACAACCCAAUUACAGAGCAUCUCAAGCAUUCCCCGGACUGUGGAUGGGCGAUUACCAUGGAUAUCCAGCAAAACAGCUCUAAUCCCUCUGCUAUCGAGGACCCUACUAGCGAUCGCAUCACACAAGCGCGAUUGGCAACGUUUGGAUCAGCGUGGCCUCACGAUGAGAAACCCGGUUGGAUCUGCCAAUCUGAGAAGAUGGUCGAAGGCGGAUGGUAUUUCUGCCCAACGGAAGAGAGUGACGAUUUGGCCAGCUGCGCCUACUGCAAGCUUUCCUUGGAUGGUUGGGAGCCUACAGAUGAUCCAUUUGAGGAACACUACCGCCGCUCAUCCGAGUGCUCCUUCUUCGUGUUUGCACAGCCCCCCGGAAAGAAAGGCAAAGGAUCGAAAUUAAAAAAUCCACGCGUUUCCAAGGCAUCGUCUCGUCUCUCGACUCAAUCCGUCGGCACCACUACAUCUGAAGCCCCAGAUAUGGACGAUGAAUCGAUGGACCAAAGCAUCAUUUCACAGACUAGCGCCAAACCUAAACCCACGAAGAAAGGAGCCAAGGGCAAGGGAAAAUCCAAAAAUAAGAAAGAGGAAGUUGAGGCCGACAGUCAGAUGGAGAUUGACAGUGUUGAACCCGAGCCGGAGCCCGAAGCCCCUAAGAUCAAACGCACAGGCCGAGGAAAGAAGAGAGUCAGUGAGGAAAUGGCGCGGGAUGAAUCCGAGCCUCUGGCUGAGCCUGAGCUGUCGAUUGAACCACCCAGCAAACGCCGAAACACGAGAACCCGAAGCAGCAGCGUCUCUCAGGCUUAUAGUGAGGCUGAGUAUGAGAUGCCAGAUGCAGCUCCGAUUGAUGAAGCUCAAGAAGAGCCCAAGAAGAGUCGUAAGGGAUCGAAGAAGACUAGCAAGGGCCAUAAGGCUUCCGAUGCCUCGGUCGCGUCCAAAUCCACUUCCAAAUCUCGCCUACCACGCGACUCGGAAUUAGAUGCUGCUAUUGAGGCAGGUCUCGAGGCGGAUGAACCGGAGCCUGUCGAACCUGAACCACCGAUAGAGCCAGAGCCCGAGCCCGAACCGGAACCUGAGGUUGAGCCCGCCCCCCGUGCUAAGAAGACCAAAACGAGCAAGAAGACCAAGGCUGCCAAGGCGACUGAGCCAGCACGGGAGUUGGAAGAUUCCAGCCGCGAAGAGCAACCUGAAGCCAGUGCCGAGCCCGCUGUCGAUACUAUGGACGUGACAGAGGAGCUAGCUGAACCAGCUCCCAAGGCUAAGGCCGUCAAGGGUAAGAAGAAGGGAACAAAGAAGACCAAGAAGGAAGAGAGCAAGUCAAAGACCCCGAAAUCUCGAGAGUCUGACAACAAAGUCACGCCUGAUGACCAACUUAUGGAAGAGCAACACGCGUCAUUCGUGUCGGUUGAAAUCAUCAGCCAAGAGCGCAAAUCCGAGCGCGAACCCGAACCUCAGCCUGAACCUCAAGCUGAACCCGAACCAGAGCUCCAACCUGAGCCGGAAGCUGAGCCGGAAGUGCACACGCCCGAGAAGCCUGUGACUAAAAAAUCUUCGAAGAAGGAAGACAAGGCAAAGAAAUCCAAAAAGUCCAAAAAGAAGGAGCCAUCUCCCUCCCCUGAGCCGGUGGUAGAGACUGUUGAAGAACCUAUUUCAGAGGAACAACCUAUGUCUCCAUCCGUAGAUGAAGAGUGGGGAACUCCAGAUGAUCUACCUGACCAACUUGAGAUGCUUGUACCUGCAGAAUCUUCUCCAGAGCCGACUAAACAGCGGACACCCGUGCCACCCAAGACGGCCAAACGAUUCAGCGACAUUCCCCAGGAGGAUCAUCUCACCGAGUCUAUCACGAAAUCACAAGACUCCCGAGGACGCUUCCGAAGGGCAUCUCAAGCAUCUAGGCAAUCUAUGUCACCCCUGCCAGCCCACCAGCACACACCGUCAAUGUCCCCUCAAUCCUCUGAUGCAGAGAACCGACCUCCGUCGUCUCGGCCAUCAACAUCCCGUCCAGCUGCUCCACCAGCAGAGCCGCAGGAUCGGACCCCCCGGGCAGCAGCCACGCCGUCACCAUCUAAACACAAUUUCAACGGCGGUUUCCCGGCUUCCGGUCAUCCUUGGACCCCAGUAGACAUUGAUGAAGUUCUGUUUGGCGAUUCCAGUGACAAGGAGAAUGCCGAUCUCUCCGGAUUAUUCAAGCGAGGACUGACUAGUCCAGAGAAGAAGAUGACGGUGGAGGAAUGGAUUAAGUGGAAUGCGAAGAACGGUGAGGAGCGGCUCAAGCGUGAAUGCGAGCGGCUCGUCAGCCAGUUCGAGAAAGAGGGCAGUCGAGGCAUGCAACGCCUCGAGGCCAUCGAGUGUAUUGAUUAA